CUUUAAGUGCCACUUUGAUUUUUCUCUCCUGUCUCUCUCUUUCACUCUCUGCAUUUGCCCUGCAGUUUCCCUACUUGUAGAAAAAACAAAAUUGAGGUGAAGACUAUACUAGUCUAGUUCUCAAAACUCAACCGAAAGACCUUGUAUCCCACACGCUCAUGUGACAUAAUAACUUCUGGGCCUGUGGGGGGGUACGUCAUUGGGGCUUGGGAUUUAUUUUGUAGUAGCAAAUGAGAUGCUUAUUGGUAUCAUCACUUGGUUCAACUCUAAAGCUUCAAUCUUGUUGAGUUUCUCUGUGUCUUUUUGUUAAGAAAUUAUGAAUUGGGUUCUCCUUCAAAUCAAAGGAAGCACCUUUAUUUCUCCAACCCAGCAACCAUAUUUUCUUUCUCAGCCACCUCCACAACCAAAACUUGAUACUGAUGGUUUCAACUUGAGCACCAGGGUUAGUCCUAGUAUAUUGCUUAUCAUUAUAAUUCUAGCUAUUAUUUUCUUUGUUUCUGGUUUGCUUCACCUGCUAGUUAGAUUUCUUUCAAGACCACCUAAUAGGGAAACUGAUGACUUAGAGAGUGUGACUGCUCUCCAAGGUCAGUUGCAGCAACUCUUUCACCUUCAUGAUGCUGGUGUUGACCAGACAUUUAUAGAUGCUCUCCCUGUGUUCCACUACAAAGCCAUUAUAGGAUUGAAGAACCCUUUUGACUGUGCUGUUUGUUUGUGUGAAUUUGAGCCUGAAGAUAAGCUUAGGUUGUUGCCAAAAUGCAGUCAUGCCUUUCACAUGGAGUGUAUAGACACAUGGCUCUUGUCUCACUCCACUUGCCCUCUUUGUAGAGCUUGCUUGCUCUCUGAUUUCUCUCCAAACAAUAGCUGCUCUCCCAUUGUUCUUGUUCUUGAAUCUGGAGGUGAGAGCUCAAGAGAGAUUGUUAAUGAUAGAGAGGCUAAUAUUGGCAGAACCACUUCAGUUUUGACUACAAAUUCCCAUCUGAGUUGUCAUGGAGACAAUGAAUUGGGAUCAUCGCGUUUGGAUAUUUCACACAAGUCGAGUGAAAUCUUGACAAAAGAUGAUUCUGUCCCAGAUUCUGCCCCUACAAUAGUAGUGGAUUCAAGGGAUAAGGUUGUUCCUGUUAAGCUAGGAAAGUUUAGGAAUGUGGAUAAUGGUGAAGGGAGUAGCACUAAUAUUGUUGAUUCAAGAAGGUGCUAUUCUAUGGGGUCAUUUGAGUAUGUAUUGGAUGAGAAUUCUUCAUUGCAAGUACCUAUAAGGACUCCAAUGAAGAAGCAGUCAAGCAAGAAGCCUACUUUGCCUUUAACACCUGGCCACAGGCCAGCAAUGUCUGAAUGUGAUUGUGAAUCAAGAAGAGAAUUUGAUGGUUUUGAAAGCCUUAAAAGUGUUGAAGUUAACGGGACUGCUAGUAUUGUUUCGAGCAGCGGUAAUGGCAUUGGUAGAAGCAAGAGAGAGAGCUUUUCUAUAUCAAAGAUAUGGCUUAGAGGGAAAAAGGUGAAGCAGAAUUCACCAGAGGAUUCUUCAAGAAGGGCCUUUUCCUUUCGAUUUCCAGUGAAUAAAAAUGUUGUUGCCGGUAAUGAUUUGAAGAUGAAGAAGGGGGAUGGUGAUGUGAGGACUGAUUCUGAAAUAAGCUUUGGCAGGUGGGAAAAUGGAGAUGGUCAAUGGGGUUUUGAUGACCAGAAUCAGAGUUGUAAUAGCUUGGAAUUACAAGCAAAAACACCUUCCUUUGCAAGGAGGACUCUGCUUUGGCUUGUGGGAAGACAAAACAAGGUUGUUCACUCAUCCUUCACACCUAAUGUCUAGCAUUCUUUUGUCAACUUUUCUUGGAUACUUUUUCUGGGAAAAUUUUCUUCGUUUUCUUCAUUGUGUAAGUUAGAAUUGGAAUCUGUAGCUGGAAAAAGAAAGAAGCAAUUAUGAAACUGAUCCAGAAACACAAAAUCGAGGCUUUUACAUUGGAUUAUGCUUUUCA